ACAACCGGGCGGGGCUUGGGUCCGUGUUUUACGCCCGAUCCGGUAAUCCGACCGCCCGCUACCCGCUAUCGAGUUACCUCUUCCUCCGCUCUCGUCCCCCGCCCUCCAGAUCCUGCAGAAGCCUCCGCCCAUCUACCUCGAUCCUCCCUCUUCUCCUUCGGAGCACCCAGGAUGCCCUAGUCCUCAUCGGAGUUCCACCCGAGCACCUUCCCGCCGUCCCGCUUGGCGCGCUUCCUCCUCUCCGACCGGCUGCCGCCCUUAUUCUCCAUCUUAACUAGUAAAACUGCUACUUUUACUACUCUCCCAUACUAACUCCUAUUACUACUAUUUCUACCAUUUAUUCAGGGUUGUUACAAACCCUAAACCCUAACCCUAACCCUAACCCUAAACCUCGCCUCAACCCCGUUAAUGGCGAAGCCCUCCGCCGCCGCCGCAGGAGGUGGCGGCGCCGUAACCGCCACCGCCGCCGGCGGGAACCUCGUCCUCGUCCUCGACUACGGCUCCCAGUACACCCACCUCAUCACCCGCCGCAUCCGCCAGCUCUCCGUCCUCUCCCUCUGCAUCUCCGGCACCUCCCCCCUCUCCUCCAUCUCCGACCUCCGCCCCCGCGCCGUCGUCCUCUCCGGCGGCCCCCACUCCGUCCACACCGACGCCGCCCCCUCCUUCCCCGACGGCUUCCUCCGCUACGCCGAGGAGAACGGCGUCCCCGUCCUCGGCAUCUGCUACGGGAUGCAGCUCCUCGUCCAGAAGCUCGGCGGCGUCGUCGCCGUCGGGGAGAAGCAGGAGUACGGGAAGAUGGAGAUCGCCGUCGCCGCGGAUGCGGGCGGCUCGGGGCUCUACGGCCCCGAUGCGGCCGGGGGGCAUCAGACGGUGUGGAUGAGCCACGGGGACGAGGUGGUUCGUCUCCCGGAGGGGUUCAAUGUGGUCGCGAGGAGCGUCCAGGGCUCCGUCGCGGCGAUCGCGGACCCUUCGAGGAAGUUCUAUGGGCUUCAGUACCAUCCAGAGGUUACUCAUUCGACACAAGGAAUGGAAACACUGCAGCAUUUUCUUUUUGAUGUUUGUGGGGUAACUGCUGACUGGAAGAUGCAAGACGUACUCGAGGAAGAGAUCAGAGUCAUAAAUGGGAUGGUAGGAUCCGACGAGCAUGUCAUUUGUGCGUUAUCUGGCGGAGUGGAUUCAACUGUUGCAGCGACUCUCAUUCACAAGGCAAUUGGAGAUAGGCUGCACUGUGUUUUUGUUGACAAUGGUUUGUUAAGGUAUAAGGAGAGAGAGCGGGUGAUGUCAACCUUUGAGAGAGACUUACAUCUGCCCGUUACUUGUAUUGAUGCAUCUGAGCAGUUCCUCAGUAAGCUAAAAGGUGUCAAAGACCCGGAGAUGAAAAGAAAGAUAAUUGGUAGAGAAUUCAUUGCGAUUUUUGAUGAUUUUGCUCACGAGUUAGAGCAGAAACUAGGGAAAAGACCUACAUUCUUGGUUCAAGGAACUUUAUAUCCAGAUGUGAUAGAGUCGUGUCCACCCCCUGGGAGCGGGAGGACCCACUCUCACACAAUCAAAAGUCAUCACAAUGUAGGAGGCCUUCCAAAAGAUAUGAAGCUGAAGCUUAUCGAGCCCCUUAAACUCCUUUUUAAAGAUGAGGUACGGACACUGGGAAGCAUAUUAAAUGUACCCGACUCAUUUUUGAAGAGACAUCCAUUCCCUGGACCUGGCCUUGCUGUUCGUGUUUUGGGUGAUGUUACGGAAGGAAAUGCCCUAGAGAUUCUUCGACAGGUGGACGAGAUAUUUAUUCAGUCAAUUAGAGAUGCUGGCCUUUAUGAUUCAAUAUGGCAAGCCUUUGCUGUGUUUUUGCCGGUGCAGUCAGUUGGAGUUCAGGGCGACCAACGAACUCAUUCUCAUGUGGUGGUUCUUCGAGCGAUUACUAGUGAGGAUGGAAUGACUGCCGACUGGUAUUACUUUGACCAGAAGUUCCUCGUCGACGUGGUUCGAAAGAUCUGCAACAAUGUGCGCGGCGUGAACCGCGUGUGCCAGGAUAUCACGUCGAAACCACCGGCCACCGUCGAAUGGGAAUGAUUAGUAAGAAGAGAGAAGGAAGAAAAGCAAUCUUUUUUCCUUCCAAAUUAUUAUUUAUUCCUCCUAUUAAGUAUGAAGCUGCUGAAUAUCUCUGUAAAGUAGGACAAGCUCAAAGAUUCGGAAUAUAUGCUGCAUUUAAAUCAAGCAAUAGAUGAGGAAGAAAUUCUUGUAGCACAUUAUAGAAUUAUGAAUGUUUAUUGGUGAUUCAAUUUAAGAUCAUUGACGAUCUUCACCUUCUUUUUCCAUCUUAUGUAUUAGCUGGAAGAUUAAGUUUGUUAUCACAUAUCUUGAGAUUGAAAUGGAAUCCUAAUUUUUUGGUCUA